AUGAAAACCUCUGGUCUUGCCUUCGGCCUUCUCUCUGCCACAUUUUAUCUCCUCUGGACUCCUUCAUCUGGGCUCAAGAUUCUCCAUUUGGGAAGCUGUGUGAUUGUCACAAACCUCCAGGAAAUACAAAGUGAAUUUUCUGAGAUCCGGGACAGUGUGCAAGCCAGUGACAAAAACAUUGACUUCAGAAUCUUAAGGAACACCGGAUCUUUGCAAGACACAGAGCCUUCAGACCGGUGUUGCCUCCUCCGCCACUUACUGAGACUCUACCUGGACAGAGUAUUCAAAAACUACCAGACCUCUGAUUACCACACACUCCGGAAGCUCAGCAGUCUGGCGAAUUCCUUUCUUACUAUGAAAAAGGACCUCCAGCUCUGUCAUGCCUACAUGACGUGCCAUUGCGGGGAGGAAGCAACGGAGAAAUACAGGCAGAUUCUGAGUCACUUUGAACAGCUGGAGCCUCAGGCAGCAGCAGUGAAGGUUUUGGGGGAACUAGACAUUCUUCUGCGAUGGAUGGAUGAGGCAGAAUAGAGGGAAAGCCAGGCUGCUGAGAAGACUCCCGAGCAAGAGUCCCAGUCCUCAGUAUCCUAGGAACGUGACUGAAACCACCACCUCUGCACCAUGAAUUAAUUCAGUGCUGGUCACAGUGUAUAUUAUUUAUUCUUUCUUUCCUUACCUAGUUGUCUUUAAG